AUGGAAGAAUUUGAAUAUACUGUGGCAUCUGGCAGUGAAACCACUGGGGAGGAAAAGUCGGUACCUCUUUCCAACAUAGCAGUUGGAAUCGAUAUUGGCACCUCACAAUGCAGUGUUGCUGUAUGGAAUGGUUCCCAAGUGGAGCUUUUGAGAAACAAAACAAAUCGAAAGCUUAUAAAAUCUUUUGUGACUUUCAAAGAUGAAGGCCCUUCUGGUGGAGUUACCAAUCAACUCUCCAAUGAACAUGAGAUGCUCUCUGGAGAUACAAUUUUCAACAUCAAACGCCUGAUUGGGAGAGUUGAUACUGACCCGGUUGUUCGUGCGAGUAAAAAUCUCCCUUUUUUGGUGCAGACCUUGGACGUUGGUGUUCGCCCGUAUAUUGCUGCGUUGGUGAACAAUGUCUGGAGAUUCACCAGUCCAGAAGAAGCCCUUGCAAUGUUUCUGGUGGAGUUGAGAUUAAUGGCAGAAGCACGUCUGAAACAACCCAUAAGAAAUGUAGUGCUUACGGUUCCAGUUUCGUUCAAUCGUUUCCAGCUGACCCGUUUAGAGCGCGCUUGUGCGAUGGCUGGUCUUCACAUUCUCAGGCUGAUGCCUGAACCAACAGCAGUGGCAAUGUUAUAUGGACAGCAACAACUGAAAGCUUCUCAGGAAUCUAUAGGCAGUGGAAGUGAGAAAAUUGCUCUUAUUUUCAAUAUGGGCGCUGGUUACUGUGAUGUUGCUGUGACUGCUACUGACGGAGGAGUAUCUCAGAUAAAGGCUUUGGCAGGAAGUACUAUUGGCGGAGAAGACUUGCUUCAGAAUAUGAUGCGUCAUCUGUUACCGGAUUCUGAAAAUACAUUCAAUAAUCACGGGGUCAAAGAAAUUGAAUCAAUGGCAUUGCUUCGAGUUGCAACCCAGGAUGCAAUUUACCAGCUUUCGUCUCAAAUCAGUGUUCAAGUCGAUGUAGACUUGGGAGAUGGUUUAAGGGUAUACAAGGUUGUUGACAGGGCGGAGUUUGAGGAGGUGAACAAAGACGUGUUUGAAAAGUGCGAAAGCCUUAUCAUCCAGUGCUUACAUAAUGCAAAGGUAGAAGUUGAGGAUAUAAAUGAUGUUAUAAUUGUUGGUGGAUGUUCUUAUAUCCCAAGGGUGAAGAAUCUUGUUACUAACCUAUGCAAAGUAUCAGAAGUUUAUAAAGAUAUAAAUCCUUUGGAAGGUGCCGUUCGCGGUGCAGCAAUGGAAGGAGCUGUCGCCUCAGGGAUCACUGAUCCCUUUGGAAACUUGGACUUGUUAAUGAUCCAAGCCACACCUCUAGCCAUUGGAAUUCGGGCGAAUGGCGAUGAGUUUGUCCCUGUAAUUCCUAAGAACACCAGAUUGCCAGCGCGUAAGGAUCUAGUUUUCACAACGAUUCACGACAAUCAAUCCGAGGCAUUGAUAGUUGUCUACGAAGGCGAAGAAAAUCACUUAUUGGGAUAUUUAAAAAUAAUGGGAAUACCUGCAGCACCAAAAGGAGUUCCUGAAAUCAGUGUGUGCAUGGACGUAGAUACUGCAAAUGUGCUGACAGUUUUAGCUGGUGUUGUGAUGCCUGGAUCGCGUACGCCUGCAGUUCCUUUUAUGCAAGUGAGGGUGCCAAUGGUUGAUGAUGCUCAAGGUUGGUUUGCUGAGGCCCUAAAUAGAACCUAUGGUGCUAAAAUGGAUUUGGUUACUCUCAAGAAGGCAUGA